AUGGAAAAAGACAUAAAAUCACGUUUGAUUGAAUCAGUUUGUUCGAUAAAAAAGAAAAUUAAAAAUAUGAAAAAAGAUGAAGAACUGACUAAUUUAUCAGUAAACAAAAUUUUAAGACCUGUUGUUGAGCCGUUGCAUUCACUCCUUAAAAUUGAUAAACAUAUUCAAAAUACAAUAUCGCAAAAAGAGGAUGCUUCUAAAUAUGUAGGAAAUGCAAGUUCAGAUCAUGAAAAUUUAUAUAAAACUUCAGCUAGUUUAGAUGAAGUGGAUCCACCAAAUGUGUCUGAAACUUCUAAAAAUGAUGAUAUUAUUAAAAGUCCAACUAUGAUAAAUAAAGUUUUAGAGAGGUCGUUAAAAAAGAAUGAAAUUGCAGAUAUUUAUGACAGCUUAAAUGUACCAUUUGGCGUACGCAGCGUAGGUAGAGAUUUAUUCAUGGGGAAUUCAAAAGUCAAAUUAUCCACCCUAGUUAAUCCCAGCAGUAAUGAAAAAACUAAUUUGAUAAAUAUUGAAAAUAAGCAAUAUGAACUGUCAUCCGGUUUAAGAGAAUUAUUAUUUUGUAAAAAACCUAAUUUAACAUUAGUCACAGACAAAGAUCAGCUAAUAUAUAAGGAUAUGUUGUAUAAUACAUGUGCUCAUAGACGAGAUUACAAUCCGCAGGGACAAAUAAGAGGUGACAAAAGUAUAAAAUAUGACAUUAUAAAACCUUUAUUUUAUGAAACUGAGCUAGAAAAUAAUCAAAAGUUUGGUUCUGGUAUACCAAAUUUAAAAAAAUAUGCUCGUAACACUGAUUUCAUUUAUUGGGAUGAUCCAAAUGAGUUAAUUGAAAGACUAAAAUUGCUAAUCGCUUCUAAAGACGCAGGCAACACCAGUCAUGAUAAUGAAAUAAUUUCUAUUAUUGAAGAAUUGAAGGAAGCAGGUAUAAUCAAGGAA